UCCCAUUCCAUCCUCUUCCAGGGUUCGUCGGUGCAUAUUCUAGGGUCAUUCUAGGUACCGUCAUGCAUUUUUAUUCUUUAUACAAGCCAAUAUGAUAACAAUACCGCCUCAAGUUGCAGUGGUCGAUUUUCAUCAUGCACGAGGACCAGAAGUCGAAUUUUGGGUCGACCCUGCUGGCGACGACUUAUGCAAGCGCAAUGAUUGGUCCUUGUUGCCGUUCAUGGCCUUGUCCGACGGCGCGCACGCAAUGGCCGAAGAGUUCUCUUACUUCACGCUGCUGAAUAAGGGUGCCAGCGACGCUGAGCCUGGAUCGAGUCUGUUCGGAAUCUCGUGUACGCGGCAGAUCAAGGCGGAGAAAUUGAAGCGUCGGUCGGCGGAUGUCACGAGGUCGACGGUUCAAAAGGCCGUGGUAGUGGUAUCCUCGACAGCCCAGGGCAUGGGAGAGUUAAGGGAGCGGCUAGGUGCCGUUACUGCGGCUUGGUACCAUCAGGAGGACUUCUCAGAUACCACAAUACUCAAGGAAUUUCAAGAGAGUCUUGCACGAUCGCCCGCUGUGCACGAAGACGGGAAGGAUCAUUACUUUGGAUUAUCAAUACGCGAGAUGAUUUACGAAUUUAGACACCAAACGUUGGCGCUAGUCAAGUGUCUGUUGCUGCAACGAAAGAUGCUCUUCUUCGGCUCCAAAUGCGAGAGAUUAUGCAUGAUGCAGUUUGCCUUGGUGUCGCUCAUACCGGGCUUGAUUAGAAAUCUGCAAGAUGCGGCGGAUCCCAUUCUAGAUUCAUAUGCACAGCAUGCGUCGAGAGCCGCUACGCUGAGGACAAGCGAUAGGAGUUCAUUAUUGUCAUACAUGGGUUUGCCCUUGCAAAUUUUCGGCAAGGGUUCGUUCUUCGGUCCGUACACGCCUCUUCAACAACUGGAUAUCCUAGCCGACUACGACACGAAAUCCUACGUAGUCGGCUCAACGAAUUCACUCCUUCUCCAACAGAAAGAAAAGUAUAGCGACAUUCUCAUCAACCUCGACGAGUCGAACAGUAUCACCGUCACAUCUCCUUCCCUACGCACCGCCCUCACCCUCUCAGCCGCGGACCGACGCUGGAUCGACUUUCUCACCCAAACCGUCCUGGACACCUGGGAUCCCGAAAACCCCAGCCGUCCGAAGAACAUGGGCUAUGCGGGCUCUGAGGAUGCAAUCCGCUUGCAGUUCGAGGAGUAUAUUCUGAGCUUGCUGAGCAGUAUGGCUUAUCAAGUCUACCAUGAGUCUAUGCAGGGCGAUGCUGGCCUGCCCAGUUCUCUCACUAAUACCGAGCACUACCCGGACCCAGGGGAUACGGCGAUGGAUUUCAACCCAGAGUUCCUGGCGAUAUGGCGGAGUACGCAUAAUUUCGAGCUGUUCGACAACUUGACCCGCGGAAAUCGGAUUUUCGACAUCAUUGAGCCGAGACAUCCGACGGGUGGUGGGUUGAGUGUCGAGGAUGUACAGAGGCGGCUGCAGCAGAAUCUCGCAGAGCUGCAUCUGGACGAGCGGAUGCGUGAAGGGAGGGAACAGCUCGGCAAGACGAUUGCCGUUGGAAAGGAGAGGAUGGCGCGCUUCUGGGCCGAGGUGGAGCAACGUAGGAGAGUUGCACCGAACAGGAGUGGGAAUCAGGCUGCGAGCAGUGUGGACCAGGCGAGGAAAGAGAAUGAAAGUCUCGAGAAAGACAAGGACCGGGUGCAGCUGGGUGAGAAGAGCGAGUCUGGAGACGCAGCGGCGGUGGCAGCGGGUGCUGGAAGCGCUGGAGGCGCUGGAGGAUGGGCCAGCUCCAUACGGGACCGUGCUGCAAAGGUGCAACUGCAAAGACCGAAUGUCGACGCGGCGCAGUUGCAAGCUUCCGCGAGGGAGAAUGCAGCCAAAGCCGGCGCGUAUCUGAGUAGUUGGGGAAGCUGGGCCAAGGAUCGAAUGCAGCAGGGGAAAGGACCGGCGGGGCAGACGAGCUCCUCACCGUCGACGUCGACGUCUGCUCCAGAGAACGUGGAGGCGGCUGGCCCUGGCACAGGCAGCGCAUCGUGAUGGAAUGAGGCUCGAUGCUAAUGACCCUCGAGAGACGGAUAUGACCAGAAGUUGAAGGAUUGCAUGACGUCGAACAGAGGUAGUCUCAUUACACUGCCUGAUCGUGAAUAAAUCUUUUCAACCCGACGUGCGUGGUCUAGGAUGAGAUGAGCUGGGGAGGACAAAGGAGAGACUGUCACCUAUUCAAGGAAAGUACUCUCUGCAAUCCUGUUUACAAUCGAUGGCAGUGCGGCUGCGGCGAGCAUCAAGACUAUGAAACUAAAUCGUACGACACUUGCUCGACUCACGUCACGCG